UCUCGCAGCGGAAGUAGUAGCGACAAAGCUCGGUGCGCGGCGGGCCCAGGAGUGCUGGGCGCGACUGGGCGGCCGGCGGCGGGGAGGGGCGGAGCGCAGGAGUCGGAGGCGGGAGCAGACCAGCACGGCCUCGCAGAGCCGGCCCGGCGGACCGUGACGGGUCCCCUCACCUCCUCUCCUUUCCCCUCCCCGCCCAUCCUCUCUCCCUCCCUUCCUCCCUCCGGCUCGCUUCUUCUCACGCCCGGAGCAGGCUCCCGCCUCGCACCGCUGCCCCGCGAGCAGCUCCUCUUCUCUCGAGGCGCGCGGGGCGCCCCCGCGAGUCCCGCGGCUGAGACCCCGCAGCCUGGAGGAGGGCUGUGUGGGGCUUUGGAUGCUGCUGCUAGGGGUGGUGGGAGCAGCCGUGGGACGCGUGGCCGGGAGCGGGGGUGACAGCCUGGGAUUCCGGGGGCUUCUCUUCCUUGUCCUCCUCUUCUCUCUAUUCCCAGUGUGGCCGUGGCUGACACUAAAGACUUUGUAGCCAUCAACCCGAGUGCAGUUUCGAUGGAAAAUGAAGGUUGCACGUUUUCAAAAAAUACCUAAUGGUGAAAAUGAGACAAUGAUUCCUGUAUUGACAUCAAAAAAAGCAAGUGAAUUACCAGUGAGUGAAGUUGCAAGCAUUCUCCAAGCUGAUCUUCAGAAUGGUCUAAACAAAUGUGAAGUUAGUCAUAGGCGAGCCUUUCAUGGCUGGAAUGAGUUUGAUAUUAGUGAAGAUGAGCCACUGUGGAAGAAGUAUAUUUCUCAGUUUAAAAAUCCCCUUAUUAUGCUGCUUCUGGCUUCUGCAGUCAUCAGUGUUUUAAUGCAUCAGUUUGAUGAUGCCGUCAGUAUCACUGUGGCAAUACUUAUCGUUGUUACAGUUGCCUUUGUUCAGGAGUAUCGUUCAGAAAAAUCUCUUGAAGAAUUGAGUAAACUUGUGCCACCAGAAUGCCAUUGUGUGCGUGAAGGAAAAUUGGAGCAUACACUUGCCCGAGACUUGGUUCCAGGUGAUACAGUUUGCCUUUCUGUUGGGGACAGAGUUCCUGCUGACUUACGCUUGUUUGAGGCUGUGGAUCUUUCCAUUGAUGAGUCCAGCUUGACAGGUGAGACAACGCCUUGUUCUAAGGUGACAGCUCCUCAGCCAGCUGCAACUAAUGGAGCUCUUGCAUCAAGAAGUAACAUUGCCUUUAUGGGAACACUGGUCAGAUGUGGCAAAGCAAAGGGUGUUGUCAUUGGAACAGGAGAAAAUUCUGAAUUUGGGGAGGUUUUUAAAAUGAUGCAAGCAGAAGAGGCACCAAAAACCCCUCUGCAGAAGAGCAUGGACCUCUUAGGAAAACAACUUUCCUUUUACUCCUUUGGUAUAAUAGGAAUCAUCAUGUUGGUUGGCUGGUUACUGGGAAAAGAUAUCCUGGAAAUGUUUACUAUUAGUGUAAGUUUGGCUGUAGCAGCAAUUCCUGAAGGUCUCCCCAUUGUGGUCACAGUGACACUAGCUCUUGGUGUUAUGAGAAUGGUGAAGAAAAGGGCCAUUGUGAAAAAACUGCCUAUUGUUGAAACUCUGGGCUGCUGUAAUGUGAUUUGUUCAGAUAAAACUGGAACACUGACGAAGAAUGAAAUGACUGUUACUCACAUAUUUACUUCAGAUGGUCUGCAUGCUGAGGUUACUGGAGUUGGCUAUAAUCAAUUUGGGGAAGUGAUUGUUGAUGGUGAUGUUGUUCAUGGAUUCUAUAACCCAGCUGUUAGCAGAAUUGUUGAGGCGGGCUGUGUGUGCAAUGAUGCUGUAAUUAGAAACAAUACUCUAAUGGGGAAGCCAACAGAAGGAGCCUUAAUUGCUCUUGCAAUGAAGAUGGGUCUUGAUGGACUUCAACAAGACUACAUCAGAAAAACUGAAUACCCUUUUAGCUCUGAGCAAAAGUGGAUGGCUGUUAAGUGUGUACACCGAACACAGCAGGACAGACCAGAGAUUUGUUUUAUGAAAGGUGCUUAUGAACAAGUAAUUAAGUACUGUACUACAUACCAGAGCAAAGGGCAGACUUUGACACUUACUCAGCAGCAGAGAGAUGUGUACCAACAAGAGAAGGCACGCAUGGGCUCAGCGGGACUCAGAGUUCUUGCUUUGGCUUCUGGUCCUGAACUGGGACAGCUGACAUUUCUUGGCUUGGUGGGAAUCAUUGAUCCACCUAGAACUGGUGUGAAAGAAGCUGUUACAACACUCAUUGCCUCAGGAGUAUCAAUAAAAAUGAUUACUGGAGAUUCACAGGAGACUGCAGUUGCAAUCGCCAGUCGUCUGGGAUUGUAUUCCAAAACUUCCCAGUCAGUCUCAGGAGAAGAAAUAGAUGCAAUGGAUGUCCAGCAGCUUUCACAGAUAGUACCAAAGGUUGCAGUAUUUUACAGAGCUAGCCCAAGGCACAAGAUGAAAAUUAUUAAGUCGCUGCAGAAGAACGGUUCAGUUGUAGCCAUGACAGGAGAUGGAGUAAAUGAUGCAGUUGCUCUGAAGGCUGCAGACAUUGGAGUUGCGAUGGGCCAGACUGGUACAGAUGUUUGCAAAGAGGCAGCAGACAUGAUCCUAGUGGAUGAUGAUUUUCAAACCAUAAUGUCUGCAAUUGAAGAGGGUAAAGGGAUUUAUAAUAACAUUAAAAAUUUCGUUAGAUUCCAGCUGAGCACGAGUAUAGCAGCAUUAACUUUAAUCUCAUUGGCUACAUUAAUGAACUUUCCUAAUCCUCUCAAUGCCAUGCAGAUUUUGUGGAUCAAUAUUAUUAUGGAUGGACCCCCAGCCCAGAGCCUUGGAGUAGAACCAGUGGAUAAAGAUGUCAUUCGUAAACCUCCUCGCAACUGGAAAGACAGCAUUUUGACUAAAAACUUGAUACUUAAAAUACUUGUUUCAUCAAUAAUCAUUGUUUGUGGGACUUUGUUUGUCUUCUGGCGUGAGCUACGAGACAAUGUGAUUACACCUCGAGACACAACAAUGACCUUCACAUGCUUUGUGUUUUUUGACAUGUUCAAUGCACUAAGUUCCAGAUCCCAGACCAAGUCUGUGUUUGAGAUUGGACUCUGCAGUAAUAAAAUGUUUUGCUAUGCAGUUCUUGGAUCCAUCAUGGGACAAUUACUAGUUAUUUACUUUCCUCCACUUCAAAAGGUUUUUCAGACUGAGAGCCUAAGCAUACUGGAUCUGUUGUUUCUUUUGGGUCUCACCUCAUCAGUGUGCAUAGUGGCAGAAAUUAUAAAGAAGGUUGAAAGGAGCAGGGAAAAGAUCCAGAAGCAUGUUAGUUCGACAUCAUCAUCUUUUCUUGAAGUCUGGCUCUGGGAGAGGAGUGGACAACAGCUGGUUGAGAUACAUCCCCAUCUGGAGACAGGACUGCCACUGACAGAAGAUGUGAGCUGUGUCUAAGUCCAGUCUUGUGCCCAGCCGUGUCUGCACCUUCACUCUUUGGAACUCUGCAUACAACAUCUUAGCACCAUCUUCCUGCAGCUCUUCCUUACCUAAAUAAAGAAACAACCCAAGGGCAGUAUUUCAAAAGCACUGUAACAGCUUUUCAUUUCCCCACAUAUACUACAAAUUCCAUACAGAAAACAAUGCAUUGAAAAAAACUAAGAUGUUUUUCUCUUCUGGCUUCAUAAAUGCCUUGCUGUAUAAAUGGAAAUACUGAUACUGAACUGUUUUUUUAAUGAUGACCUAACUUUAUUCAACCCAUCAGAAUUUACUUUUUCCCUGAAAUAAGAUCUCUUCCACUGGUCUACUACCUGACUAUAAACAUGUCUGCAUUUGAAUUCUCUAAACCCUAAAUCUGUGUCUAUGAAAAAUACAAAUGACUAUUAAAUAUUAUUCUCUUUACUGUUCUCUUUCACCGAAA